AGUCGACAGAACAAUAACCCUCCCAUGCUCUAAUUUGGGCCACCAUGUGACAUUAUCGCCCUCUCAUCUCAUAGUUCCCUCCGGCCGGCGCUAACGGAAUAGCCAGCUCCCCUCCUCCUCCUCGAUCCCGGCGUUUUUGUAGCAACUUCCGGGAGCCGCAUGGACUCGUCGGGGGCCGCGGCAGGGCCGGGAGGGGCGUCUUCGUCUUCGUCUUCGUCGCGGCCGAGCAGGUACGAGUCGCAGAAGCGGCGGGAUUGGAACACGUUCCUGCAGUACCUCCGGAACCACAAGCCGCCGCUGGUGCUCUCGCGCUGCAGCGCCGCCCACGUCAUCGAGUUCCUGCGCCACCUCGACCAGUACGGCAAGACCAAGGUCCACGUCCCUCGCUGCCCCUUCUACGGCGCCGCCGCUGUGGAUGCCGGUAACUUAGCAAUGGACCCCACCUCGACCUGCGGGUGCCCGCUCCGCCAGGCCUGGGGCUCCCUCGACGCCCUCGUCGGCCGCCUCCGCGCCGCGUACGAGGAGUCCGGCUCCGGCACGGCCGACACCAACCCCUUCGCCGCCCGCGCCGUCCGCAUCUACCUCCGCGACGUUCGCGACGCCCAGGCCAAGGCCCGGGGCAUCCCCUACCACAAGAAGAGACGCCGAAAGGGAGCUGCCGCAGCCGACGCCCCCGGAGGUGAGUCGGCCUCCUCCUCCGCCGCCAUCAGCGGCGACAGCUCCGGUGGCUCCGCUCCUGGUGGCAGCUAGCUACUAGCUCUAAUAAUUAAAGAUCUAUCUCUCUUCUGUCUGAUCUCUCUCGUAAGCCUGCAUUACUUUGACGAUUUAUAUUUUCGAGGAAAAACAAAUAAUUAACUAAUCGAGAGAUUUUAUUUUUAUGGCAGCCAACUCUUGCGGUUUAAUUUUAGAACAUUAUCAUUUCUUUUAAUUAUCGUCUUUAAAAACACAUCUUUUCCUCCAUCUCAUUUCACAUUAUUAGUUUACGUAUCGACUAGAUUUUUUGGAGGAAAAAAAAAGUUAUAAUAAUUGACAGGUUUGUUCUCUGAUGUGUCUGGAUCAAUCUGACACUGAUCUGAUGCGAAGAAACAGCGCAUGAAGUAUUCAGUCUUAGGUUUUGGUCUCUGGUUGAGACUCUGGAUAACGCUAGCUGCUGCCUUCUCUUUCAUUACUGAUCUCUUCUCUUGGCAAUUUGCAAUCAUCACACCUUUGCUCACUGCUCGCUGCACAAUGCUCUCUCUCAUGAUAGUUAUAUUAUACCCUAAUGUUUCUAUAUCUUGUCUCUCUCCCUAUUUAUAUAUGUUUUGCAAGAAUCUGAAAUGUGAUGGAUCUAAUAACAUGUUUGCACAUUAAUUAUACUUCAGUAGUAUAUAUACCAAUUGAAUUCUUGACCUCCUCCAUCAACAUGUAUAUAUCAUCAUUAAACUGCUAGCUGCCUCUGCAUUCCUUUUUCUUUUUCAGACUGGAUUUUAAUGUUACAGCUUUCCAUUCAUCACUACUCAGUUCCAGUACUAGAUUAAUUGUAAUUGUUGACUCUAGUAUAGUCUUGGUUCGUACGUAUAGAAUUAUUAAUGGAACAGCAACACGUUUAGCAAAGAGAGAAGUGAGGUAGUACUGAAUCAUACAUAGAUGUAAUGAUGCAGCUUUCCAUUUUUCACUUAGCUUCUUGGCGACAAAUUAAUAGUGUGCCUGGAGAUCCUCUCUGUCUCUUUUAAUUUCUUGGAAGACAAAUAAGGAUCUUCAAAACUUGUUGGGUUUGGGCAUGGAGUUAAUUUUGGUGCUGAGAGAGUCUUGUUCAAGUUCAAACCAAGCAGAUUAUUACUAAUCGUGAUCGAUUUUCAACUGGUUUAGAGAUAGGCAUGUUAUGAUGAUGUUUUAAUUUCAUGCGCAUAUGGCUUGGAUGCUAGAGUUUCUUGCUAGUCUUAAUAAGUGCCGAAUCAUGUCCUUUUUGUUAUUUUUUUGUUUCCAAAUUUGAUUUGGUUUGAAUAAUUAUAAUAGUGUUUUAAUUAAUAUUUUUAAGGAUGAUUUGUUAGGAAGGACGAGUACAAAAAAAAAUCUUUCAAAUAUUUUUCUUCCCCUUUAAUGAAGCAAGGGAGUUCAUCUGUUUUAGAAGAAAUUUUUUCAUUUAUCAUGCUUUAUUUUAUAUGCCACCCAUUAAUUUUACACUUAAAGAAAUUUUUUUAAUAGAUAAUAUUAAAAACAUGUUUUUAUUUUUAUUUUGCUUUCUA